AUCAACGAUUAACCAAUAAUUUUAUAACAGAUAAUCACUGAACCAUCAACCACUAAUUUUUUUCUGGUUCAAUCCAGUUUUGGAAACAGAGCUUAAAAUCAAUCUAGAUUAUCAUCAAUUAUCAACUAAUAACUUAACAACGGGCCAAAUACUACAAAUCUACUACUUUGUUUCCCCCGGUCUACAAAUGUCUUUGUUGCCGCUGAUAUUACACUUUACCCUAUUUUGAAAAUCUACAACUACCACAUAUUAAUAAGUUAUAACUGAUAAGGGAGUUAAUCAUGUCCAUAAAAUAAAUUCAACCCUAAAAUUUUGUUCAUAUGAUCAAUUUAUUAAAAUCUUUAAUGAAGCUCAUCGUUCUUUUCCCCUUUAUGAGGGAAGUCAUCAACCUAAUUUUUAAAUUAUUAAUAUAAUUUUUCUAUGAAAAUAUUCACGCACUAAUACCACGUUUUGCAUCUCAAGUAACACAACGUUUAUAUGAACACAAAUAUUAGAUUAUAUGUGUUGUUUCUUCACUAAUUGUUCGCUCAUUUAUAUACUCAAAGAAUCAAUCAAAAUCUAUUUCACCCAUGAUUAUUUCUUCACUAAUUGUUCGUUCAUUUAUAUAAACAUCAUAAUAUCAAAAUACAGUAUUAAUCCAUGUAUUUAUGGGGUCGUUUGGAUGUGAUAGUUACAAUGCAUCGUUUUUUUUUUUUGAAUUUUAUGCAUUGUUUACUUGAUUUGACACAAACUAUCACUCAAAAUGAGUGAUAGUUAAAUCUCAAGUUUUCAUUGAGAUUGUUGAGAUUGUUGUGUUUCCUUCUUCUUCCAAAUAUGUCCUACCUUUUUAUGUGUGUUGCUUUUCUAUAUUAAAAACAAAGUGCAUAAGUGACAUUUCACCCAAAAAGUGAUAUAAUUUAGUUAAAUACUACAAUAACUAUCACAGAAACCACAAUACACCAAUUUUCUUAUAUACAUGUAUAUUAUUAUGCAUGCAUUGAUGACAAUACAUCGAUUUAACUAUCACCAAGACGAAACGAACCCUUAAAAAAAAACUAAACAAAAAAAAAGCUUUAUUAUUAUGACCCUCCCCUUGUUCCUUAUCUCUUCACACACUACAACUCCCAAUCCCAUCAUCAGCCCCCCUGGCCCCUCUCUGUUUUUAUUCUUCUCUCUCUUCCAAAUUAUGUUUCCCUUUUUCUUUUCUAGUUUUUAUUAUAUUCAUAUCUAAUUACCCUUUUACCCUCUCCUUCCUUGAUGUUAUCAAUUGGGAACCACCAGGAGCAUCAUUUGAUUUUUAUUUUCUUUUACCCCUGCCCUGCCUAUCAAUUAUCAUCUCCUCCUCCAAAACUAAAUAUAAUAAUAAUUGGACAAUAAAAAUAAGAUAAAUAAUAAUAAACCAAUUAGAAUCCACCAAAGAAAAAAAAAAAAAACUCCAGCAUCAAAUAAUAAAGGGCUUCAUUUCACCUCUCCCAUGGCGAUUCCCUAAUGCUCUGUCUCUCACCUUCCUCCCUCCAUUUCUCUCUCUCUCUUUCUCUGGUUCUGGUUGGAUCUUUCACUGAAAGAAAGUUGGUCCCGAGAUCGGGUUUAUGCACAGAUUUCCCCCAAAGUGAGGGAAAGCCAUAAAGGAAGCAAUUAGUGAAGACGAGGAGCGAAAAAGGCAAGCGCAACGAUGAAGAGGGAUCAUCAGCAAGCCACCUGCGGUUUCGGUGGCGGCCCGGAUGAAUCUGCAUCGGCUUCAAUGGCGGCGAGCUGUGGUGGUGGGAUUGGGAAAGGCAAGCUCUGGGAAGAAGACCAGGAUGCGAGCGGGAUGGAUGAAUUGCUUGCUGUUUUGGGUUACAAGGUCAGGUCGUCGGACAUGGCCGACGUCGCCCAGAAGCUUGAGCAGCUGGAGAUGGCCAUGGGGACGGCGCAAGACGACGGGAUUUCUCAUCUCGCCUGCGACACCAUUCACUACAACCCUUCGGAUCUCUCCGGCUGGGUCGACAGCAUGUUAUCGGAGUUCACCAACCCGCCGCCUCCCUCCGCCGCCGACCCCACAGCUGUCCUCCACAGCAAUAGCCAUUCCGCCGGCGGAAACGGCGGCGGAGGUGGCUCUUCCUCGAUUUCUUCCAUGGAUUUCUCCACCCCCACCACGCAGUCCCACAAGUCCGCGGUCUUCAGAGACGAUUCCGAGUACGACCUCAGAGCAAUCCCCGGCGUCGCUGCUUACCCUCAAGCAGAUGAAUCGGACAAGGAUAGCUGCAGGAAGAGGAUGAAAACUUCAGCUGGGGGUUCUUCAAAUUCCGGUGGUUCCUCCCUCUUGGCCACGGCGGCGGCAUCCUCGCCUUCUUCCUCGUCCUCGCCACCACCGCCGAUUGCUGCAGCUGCUGCUCCCUCCUCCGCUCUAAUUGCCGAGCCGACUCGGCCGGUGGUGCUGAUAGAUUCGCAGGAGGCCGGGGUCAGGCUCGUCCACACCCUCCUCGCCUGCGCCGAGGCGGUCCAGCAGGACAACGUGAAGCUCGCCGACGCGCUCGUCAAGCACACGGGGUUACUGGCGGCGUCCCAGACAGGCGCCAUGAGGAAAGUCGCUACCUACUUCGCCGAAGCUCUGGCUCGCCGGAUUUACAAGAUCUACCCACAGGACUGCCUCGACCCUUCCUACUCCGAUACCUUAGAGAUGCACUUCUACGAGACCUGCCCUUACCUGAAAUUCGCCCAUUUCACGGCGAAUCAGGCGAUCCUCGAGGCCUUCGCCACCGCCAAUCGGGUCCACGUCAUCGAUUUCGGGCUGAAACAGGGGAUGCAGUGGCCGGCACUUAUGCAGGCCCUAGCAUUACGCCCCGGCGGGCCGCCGGCCUUCCGACUGACCGGAAUCGGGCCGCCCCAGCCCAACAACACCGACAAUUUGCAGCAGGUCGGGUGGAAGCUGGCCCAUCUGGCGGAGACGAUCGGCGUGGAAUUCGAAUUCCGAGGGUUCGUGGCCAACAGCCUGGCAGAUCUGGAGCCGGAGAUGCUGGAUUUGCGCCCCGCCGACGUGGAGGCGGUGGCGGUGAACUCGGUGUUCGAGCUCCACCGCCUGCUGGGCCGGAGCGCCGGGAUGGACAAGGUGCUGUCGACGAUCAAGGCGAUGAAGCCGAAGAUCGUGACGGUGGUGGAGCAGGAGGCGAACCACAACGGGCCGGUGUUCGUCGACAGGUUUACCGAGGCGCUGCACUACUACUCCAGCCUGUUCGACUCGCUGGAAGGCUCGGCGGCGUCGCCGUCGUCGCCGACGACGGCGAGUCAGGACCUGGUGAUGUCGGAGCUGUACCUCGGUAGGCAGAUCUGCAACGUGGUGGCGUGCGAAGGCGGGGACCGGGUCGAGCGGCACGAGACGUUGACUCAGUGGAGGGCGCGGAUGGAAUCGGCCGGGUUCGACCCGGUUCACCUCGGGUCGAACGCGUACAAGCAGGCGAGCAUGCUGCUCGCCCUGUUCGCCGGCGGCGACGGGUACAGGGUGGAGGAGAACAACGGGGCGCUGAUGCUCGGGUGGCACACGAGGCCGCUCAUCGCGACGUCGGCGUGGCAGCUCGCGAGAUGAGUCGGGAGGCUGAGUCAACUCAACUCGGACUCGGUCUGGAAGACGAUGGAAGAAACCCCCCGAGUCGAUGAAACUCAGAAGAAAGUGGCCCACCGAGUUUUGGACGGUAAAAAAAAAGAUACGAGAGAUUGAUUGGAGAGAUGAAAUUGAGCGAGACGAGAUAGGGGAAAAGUGUGUGUGCGCGCGAGCGAGGGUGAAAAAAAUGAAGGAAAAAUAACCUAAAAAGUGGAUUUAAAUUGUGAGAGUGUGUAAAUUUACCGUCCUGUUUUUUUUACACACUUGUUCACUGAACUUUGUUACUUUUCGUUAAGCUUUGGAAUUUGGAAUUUCCUUUUUUUUUUCUCUUUUUACGUUUUACCUUCUUUUUUUUUUUGGUUAUUUGGUUAGAGCAGUAGACCUCGUUCCUCUUUUUUUUGGGUUUACAUUUUCCAGGUUGGGACUUGGGAGAAAAGAAGUUGUAUCUAUUAUGUGCUUCUCUUUUCAAUAAAAAAAUUAUGAACUUUUUUUCACUUGUAGGUUUAUGUUCACUUUGUGGGUUAAAGUCCAAUUGUUCUUUAUCGAUAAUGAGAUUUACAUUAGGCAUAACUUUCUUUUACCACAGGAAUCCAAGUUUUGUGAGAAUGGAUGAAAAGACAAUAAUUUGUGCUUUUUAUCAUGUAAGGUGGAAAAACAGAAGGGGAAGUGGAUAGAAAUGGUGGAUGAGGCCUGAGGGAAGCCAACUUUUGAACAUGGAAAUGCAUUUCUGAUAGGGGUUUUGCAUAUUUUGUUUGUUUGGUUACCCAGCUGCAGCAGAACAACAUGUCAUCAACUUCUGAUUCCGGCAAAAACUUUCAUAUCUAUCUGCAGACACUUCCUUCCAAAUUAGCUUAUAUAAUAUAGAUAGCUCAUAAUCGUGGAUCAUGUACCACAACACUAAUACGCCCCUUCAAACGAAAGCCAUUCACAAGGGCUUGAAGUUUGCACAGGUCUAAAGACAAGAAUACCAUGUGCUUAACAAAUGGGGGUCACCGGGAACCGAACACAAGACCUCUCGGUCACAGAAAGCUCUGAUAUCAUGUCAAGAACCAGUUGCUCCCAAUAACUCGAGUUGUUGGGAGAUGUUCAAUCGUGAAUCAUAUACCACAACACUAACAGAAAGGACGGUGGGCGGAACUAAACUUGGUAUGAGGAGUCGUCCCUCACUUUUAUUUAACUGCAGUUGGACUAAACAUUAGAUACGACUGAUAUUGCUCCACUAAUAAGUGAAAGUUUAGAUCUCUUGAAUAAUUUGACUUCACUUGUUAGAAAAGUUCUUUUUACCUCUACUAGUUGAGUUUGUUUCCUCUUGAGAAGUGUGUCAAAGUGAGUUUAUUAUUAAAAUCAACUUAAUGGGUCGGUUUGUCUGGCAUUAAUUACCCAACCAAGUUAUUUAGGAUGGUAGUAAAAACAGAAAGAAAGUCUCAGGUAAAAUAAAUAAAAAGUAAAUAAACAAACAAAUCAAUUGACUAACUGAGUGAUUAGAAAUCAAUUGUGAUAGAUUAGGUGGCGUGGGAAAAAAAGACUAUUUUCACCCUCCAAAACACGACCCAUCCAAACUUUGUUGUCUGUAAUCAACAAUGAUUUUUUUGGGUAAGAAGAGAAAAGUAAUGUUAAAUCGCCUCCUUCCUAAUCACAUCAAAUCAAUAAUCUUCAUGAUUAUUUAUUGCAAUUAGAAACAAAACGACCUACAAUGUACUGAUGAACCAAGAAAAAAAGAUGACUUAAAUUAUAACAGGUAUUAGUUAAAAAUUAAGAAUACGUUUAAUCCAAACAAACAUCGCUAACGUAUAUACAGUAACUACAUACAAAUAUAUAUUCUGUAUACGACCGGUCACAUCGAAGGGUAACAGUUCCCUUAUCUGUAGGUAGAAGGAACAGGAAGGAAGGAAGGAUCCCACGGUUUGUUUCAUUUUCUUUAAUAUUCCAUUUUUUGCUUUGGGAGGAACGAACGAUUAUGUUAAAAAACAGAACCAACGAUUUCAAUAAAUAAAAAAAAGGAGUAGAUUGCUAUGGUUUGCAGUUUUGUGAGAUUUUUACAAUACCAUAUGCUGUUUAGAAUAUAUAUUUUGGGUUUGGUUUUGGUUUUGGUGAUGGUUUGGUAGGGAUAGUUACAAUGCAGACAAUGUUUACAAUGUAUCGUUUUCCUGAUUUUUCUGCGCAAACACAACAUGCAUUGUUUGCUUGAUUUAACAUAAACUAUCACUCAAAAUGAGUGAUAGUUAAAUCUCAAGUUUUCGUUGAGAUUGUUGAGAUUGUUUGAUGGAGAUUGUCGUGUUUUCUUCUUCUUCUUCCAAAUAUGUCCCUACCUUUUUAUGUGUGUUGCUUUUUUAUAUUAAAAACAAAGGGUAAAAUGACAUUUCACCCAAAAAGUGAUAUGAUUUAUUUAAAUACUACAAUAACUAUCGCAGAAAUCAAACGAUGUACCAAUUUUCUUAUAUACAUGUAUAUUAUUAUGCAUGCAUUGAUGACAAUACAUCGUUUAACUAUCACCAAAACCAAACGACACCUUUGUUUUUGUUUUAUUUUCGUACACAAUUCAUAAUUUUCUACUUUAAUUUACCAUAAACUAUGUUCAAAUUAAGUGAUUAAACAAUUUUAGCUUUCAUGAUAUAUUUUAUUCAAAACUUAAUGAUACAAUCACAUAUCAAACGGCAUAUUUGACAUUACAUAUAUAAUACUAUAUUUUCACAAUUAGACAUAGAUUUAACAAUCUCGUAUUCAUUGCACUACAUAUAACGAUAAUCACAAUAGUAAUAAUAAGUGUGUUUAAUCUUAUUAUUAUUAUUAAUAAUAAAAGUGUGGGGGUCCAGGGCAACUGCAUAGCUGUCGUCCAGGCAAGAGGGCACAGCUGGCGGUCAAUAAUUUGAUCAAUAAUUCAGCUCAGCAUGGCAAGAAUUAGAAACCACGAAAGGGAAGGAAGUUGGGUUGUUCUUGUUAACAUGAAAAUGAAAUGAAACGAAAUGAUGUGUCGAAUAAAUGGGUGGGGGUAUGGGUGCCCCAAGACAGCUAAUAUGAAUCAUUCUGUUUUUUAUAAUCAAAAUGUAUAUUUUGCUUCACAUGAUAUGUGAAAAUAAGGAUUUGGAUAGAAAGAGGUAGAGGAGAAAUUAUAGAGAUUAUUAACAAAAAGACGAAAGAAUGAAUUAAGACGCGAUGGAAUAUAUAAUCAAAGGGUAUAUUUGAAAAGUGUUGAAAUGACAAGAUCUUUAAUUGUCGAAAGUUUAGAUUAGACCAGUCUCAACUCUCCACAGCUAUGUAGCUAUAAAAAGCUCAAAAAUGGGCUAAACAUUUUGAGAAUGUGAAAUUGAAGAACGACAUAAUUUACGCCUAGAGUUUUGAAACUCUCAUUGGAUGGAAAGCUCCUGCUCUGGUUGGUUUAAGCUAAAUACCGAUGGCGCAACACAGGUCAUCUCGAGUGUGGCUACUGUAGGAGGGGGGGGGGGGUGCUUCGUAAUAAUUAUGGGGAUUGGAUUGGUGGUUUUUGCAGCAAACUUGGUACAGGGGAGGACGCUAAAUGGCGGGAGUUUGGGGAAUUUGUCAAGGCCUUAACAUGGUAUGAAAUAAUUAAGAGGUUCUAAUUCCUCAUUCUUGAAUCGGACUCAAGACUAUUGCCUUAGACCUGAUUGAGAAGCGUACUGAUCAAGUGCAUCCGUACGCCACGAUUGCAGGGUCUAUUCACCGAAUGAUUGCUGAAGGUUGGAUGGUCGAGAUCAGUUCAUAAGUAUCGUGAAGGGAACAGGUUGCGACUUUCUUCGUGCUGUAAUCUGAAUGGUCGAUAUUUCAAUCGACAAAGAAUCUAAUAUCAGGUCAACUCAUCCCAUUAAUAUUAAUUAAUCAUUAACUCAUGUGAUUGAAACAUGUUUAAGAGUUCUGAGCAUAUGCAUGCGUGUACAUGCACCAAUUUGACCGGACCCCAAUGCACAUGCCAGAUCUACUCUUGCCAAUGAAGGGUUACUUAUACAUCCAAUUACUUCAAAAAUAGUCUUUGUGGGUUGCACAUCCUUCUGUGGUUGGGUUCAAGUUCCCUAAAACCUUGAACUUACUCCAACUGCAACAUAUAAAUAUAAUUAAUGAGGUUAGAAUCUUUUUUAAACAAGGGUGGAAAAGUGACAUUCAUGGAAGGUUAGCAAUCUGGUUUAGGUCAUUGGUCUAAAGAAGCAAUUAGAUUGAGAACUAAUGUUUCGAUCGCUUCAGUCCGGAUUAUGAAAAUGUUAUUAUAAUGUGUUUAUUCAUUUAUAUGAAUAUUAACAUAUAAAACUAUAUCAAAAUAACAUUUCGUACUUGAAUCUAACAUAUAGUGAAAAUUCAAACACACUCAUCAUAUAAUAUAAAUAUUCAAAUGUUCAACUUAGAAUUCCAAGGAUAGGGUUAGGUGAAAUGAAAAUAGAAAAAGAAGACGCAUUUCGCAAAACAAAGGAAAAAACAACAUCGUGUGACCUCCAAUCAUGAGAUGGUGUCAUGGCGAAUAUGCAUAUUAGACCUUAAAAUAAAUAGACGAGUUCAUUUUUCAAUCACUUUAACUACAACUUUAAGAAAGUAACAAUAAUAUUUUGAAAACUUCUCAGUUGAGGGUUCAUUUGGUUUUUAUGAUUGUUUGGUUGUAAUCGUACGUCACAAUGUUUGUAUUGUUUACAAUUCAUCUUUUUUUAUUUUUUUAUGUACAAACAAUACAUGUAUAGUUUACUUGAUGUGACAAAAACAACCAUCCAUUAUGAAUAAUUGUACAAUCUCAGCUAAAAGCUGAGAUUAUUGGGAUUGUCUAGUUGAGAUUGUUUUUUUUUUCAACUUUAACCUUUAGAGAUUAUCUUUUGCAUUGAAAAGAAGGGGUACGAGUGACAUUUCCAUUAAAAAGAUGACUUUCCUUUUUACUUAUAAACUCAAGCACAUAUACCAAACAUUGUAAUCUACAAUACAUCAAAUUCAACAAUACAUGUAUUGAUCACAAUACACCGAUUUAACAAUCGAAGAAACCAAACGAGCCCUGAAUAUGAGUAAUAAUAACAGUAGAUCAGUUUCUUGUAAAUGAUUAAUUCACAAGAAAUGAUAACUAUGUUGUGAUCUUUCUUUUAUGCUACCCUUUCUUUCAUGAAGUAUGCAAAAUUUCCAGGUGUGGAGGAUGAUUAGGUCGGUCGGUUCAAUCUGCGUGAACCAAGUAUUUAGAUUGAUUAGGGUUGCUGGUUAACUCUGUUGUGUGAGUUUGAACCUAGUGAACUCAAGUCAUUCAAGGACUAAGCUGAUUGGUGGGUUUAUUUGGAAACUAACCUAUAUAAUCUAGUAAACAAGGGGGUUAAUGGACUAAUUUGGUCCGAAAAUUACACUAAUAGACUAAUUUGGACUGAAAUUUUUAAAAUCUCCAUUCCGUUUAAAAUUCAUAAUUAUUUGAAUUAUUUUGACCUGAUCCGUGGGUUGACCGUUAUUCCUAAUGGCAGUUCAUAUAAUAAACCGAUACCAAAAUGAAUGUCAACUAGUACCAACGGAAACAAAAACCCAACACAAUACACAAACCCUAGAUCUAUGCAGUCAACAUUCUAUAGAGAGAGACCGAUAAUGAGAGAGAUACAAAGACACAGAGAGAAGCCAGUGAUGUGUUGAAGAUAGAUAAUAGAGAGAGAAACUCGUUAAAUUUGCAGUCGUUAAGGAGAGGAGAACGAUGAAAAGCAAUCAAAUACAAAGAGAGAACGAGACGGUUGACGGAUGGGGAAAAGGAGAGCUGGUGUGGAAGAAAGUUGGCAAAUGGUAUAUGACGGUCGAAGGAAGGUUCACCAGAAAGACAAAGGAGAAUGCUGGUUUCUCUCUCCAAUUUCCAAUCUUCCCUUUUUAUCAUGACCGACACGCGAAAUUCAGCUCGCCAAAUACCCAUCAUAAACAUCACCCAGAAAUCUCCGUCAAAUAUGAAAAAAAGAAAGUCGACAAGCUAGCCCGUCUGACCGUCCGAGCAAGGUGUUAUAUGUAACCCUCAUUUCUACAUAGGAUCAAUCAAUUAGUAUAUUAAACCAUUUUGAGGAGGGUAAAACUCAGGAUUAGAAACAAAGUGAGUGGGCAGAUCUAUCCAUAGUGUCAUGAUGAGACGACUCACGGGGUGCAAUUAUGGUAAGUGAAAAUCAAAGGUGUUGUAGGCUGCUCUGCUUCCUUGGCCCAUGGAACUAGGCAGGCACAGCUGCUUUUAGCCUUUAGGGUUUGGCCGAUCUAUCUAGGGCUUGUAUCGGAUUUCGAUUGGGUGGUUGCUGCUGCAAUAUGAUUUCUUCUGUACCCCGGCCAUCUUUGCUUAGCUUCAUUAUGAAGUGAGAGAGACAAAUCAAAAGCUAGCUAAGUUAAAAAAAAGACAGAGAGAGAGGAGAAAGAAAGAAGAGCAAAUGAGAAAGGGAGAGAGAGAGAGAGAGAUAGCAACUGGUCGAAGGGAGUUAUUCAUGGUUGGUGCGUUAAGGUUAUCCAUAUCUUCGCGACGCACGAUCCCAAAGCCAAUAAAUUAAAGCUCCAAACUUGUAGUAAGUUAUGAGGGUUCAAAAUCUGAUGAUGGUCAAUGGUCAGUGGCGUAACUCAAAAAUUAAUUUGCGGGGAGAAGAGGAAUACGAUCAAGACAAGAUAUAGAUUUAUAAUGAAGUUUAGCUUGUAAU